UGGAAAACAUGACAGGCAAAAUUUUAUAUAAAUCACGUCAAGAUUUAUGAGUCAAAUCGUAAAAUUCACGUUUUUGAUCAAUUUCUAUUUCGGUUCUUGCCCAGAUGUUGAGUUUGAUUUGAUCUCGAAUCCCAAUACACGCGCUCAUGAUUCAACCCGUUUUUUCCAUUUUGCUUUUGAUCUGGAAAAGUCUAUACAAAUUAAAAGUAUGAAUAAGUAGUUUUUCCGUUGAUCUCUUUUGUAAAUUUUUGUGGAACUACGUAUGUCAAAUACGAAGUAUGAUUCAAAAUGUUUUUGCUACACCUACCUUUAUGGAUGACGGAUCUUCC